ACGGGAUAAAAGUCCUCGCCGGUGUGAGUCGACCUGUCUUCCUCUCUGGAGCAGGGAGUUUUCAACCAAACAUUCUCUGUAUCCGUUUUAAAAAUUGUUUAUUAAGGUAAUUUUCAUUCAUUAAACACGGACAUAUUGUAAUAUUGUAAUUAUGGCUGCCUACAAGAUAGUGUUGAUUCGCCACGGAGAGAGCAACUGGAACCAGGAGAAUCGGUUCUGCGGCUGGUUCGAUGCAGAUUUGAGCGAAACCGGGGUAAAGGAGGCGAAAAGAGGUGGACAGGCCCUGAAAGAUGCUGGCUUUGAGUUUGACAUUUGCUACACAUCUGUGCUGAAGCGGGCCAUCAGGACUCUGUGGCUGGUCCUGGACAGCAUUGACCAGAUGUGGGUGCCAGUGCAUCGCACUUGGCGGCUCAAUGAGCGCCACUACGGAGGCCUGACGGGGUUAAACAAGGCGGAGACGGCCGCCAAGCAUGGAGAGGCUCAGGUGAAGAUCUGGAGGCGCUCGUUUGAUAUCCCUCCUCCCCCCAUGGGCCCAGACCACGACUACUAUGCUAUCAUCAGCAAGGAUCGUCGGUAUGCAGACCUGACGGAGGACCAACUUCCUUCCUGCGAGAGCCUUAAGGACACCAUUGCACGGGCGCUGCCGUACUGGAACGAGGAGAUCGUCCCUCAGAUCAAGCAGGGAAAGAGGGUGCUCAUCGCUGCCCAUGGAAACAGUCUGAGGGGCAUUGUCAAGCACCUCGAGGGAAUGUCAGAUGAAGCCAUCAUGGAGCUGAACCUGCCAACAGGCAUCCCCAUCCUCUACGAGCUCGACAAGAACCUGAAGCCCUUAAAGCCAAUGCAGUUCCUGGGAGACGAGGAGACCGUGCGCAAAGCCAUGGAGGCCGUGGCAGCUCAGGGAAAGGCCAAGAAGUAAAGCAACGGAAAAAAAAACAAAACUCUGUAUGACAUUGAGGGUUGGCCCGAAAAACUGGCCUCACAUUGGUGCUUUUCUGAAAACCUAAUUUAUUGUGGAUUGUCAUACAUGAUAAGUACGCUGUAGAUUGUUGUCAAAAGCAACCUGACUGCACUCACAUGUAGAGGGAGAAUAAUUGGGAUACAUCUGGACCAGGGGAGGCACAGCUCUUAACAGACUGUGAAUACUUUUCAACUAAAAUGAUACAUUAAUAAUGCAGACUUUAAAAAUUGCUCAUAAAAGCAGAUUAUAUAAAUAAUUAAAUAGUUAAUAAAUAAAACAUUGCCACUUAAAACAGAUAAUAUAGUUUUGUUUUUUGUUUUAAAGUACAUUAUAAAACUUCAGGGUACAAUAUGUGUUUUGAUGCUACACACACAUCAAAGGUACUCUUGUUGUGGCCUCGGCUUGCCUGUGCAUCUGAUUAUACUGACUUAAUCAUUACCUGCUCAGGACACCAAUGCUAUUUAUUGAAUGACAUAAUUUAAUUAAUUUUAUUUACACUCACUGGCAAUUUUUAGAUUUUGUGUGAGACCUUUUUUUUAACAUAAAAGGGACCACUGCAGGGUAGACCGUUCUUUUUUUUGUUUCACUUUUCAAAGCAUACAUUAUACAUUUUUGCAGUCUCUUAAGAGCAGGGUGGGACAGUUAAGACAACUAGACAUUCCUUUCCUUUUACUUUCUCUGUUUAUGACUGGUCUAUGUGCAGUGUCCUUGUAUGUUGUUGCCGUCUGUGUUGUGUCUGACAGUUUUCUCUUUGUGUUUUAUCAAGCUUAGUCAAAUUUUAAAGGUGCCAAACACUGCAUUGCUGUCAGUAUUGCACUGUAUAAGUGAUAAAUCCAUUAUUUGGAUUAUAGUUCCAUAGUUUCACAGUGACACUGUGAAUCAUGAUAGUGAAGAUUGUGUUUGUCACUCUGUAUGACCACUUUUGGUCCAUCUUUGUCUCUUGAUGUCGUCACCUCCAGCUCCUGUUCCUGCAGUAAAUAGCUACUGUUGGCCUCACAGCCACUGAAACAGCAGUGGUGAUUUAAAGAAAACAGCCUGCUAAGAUUUUGUUUGCAAUAUCCCAUUAAGUCUUAGUAUUGUCAUUUUUCAUUAGAAAAUGUAAUUCCCUCUGCAUUGCUUAAAUGUACUCUGAAAGCUCUGAUUAAAUACAUGUACAUCUAUGUACAAAUCUAAA